UUAGUUGGCAGGGACUUGGGAUUCGCUGGGGUUUGAAAGUCUUGCAGAAUUAACCCUGUUUUACCAACAUCAUGUUCUGUUUAGCAAAUACAGAGAUGUUGAGCUAGUAUUCUGCUGAUGUAGAAUAAGGAUUUUGGAAAGUGUGAUUCACAUAGGAAGUUAGGUCACUACUUGGUGAAUCAUUGAUUUGGAUCUUACAGUUGAAGUAGAGGAAAGCUAGAAGUUGGUUACUGCCUGUUUUAUUAGAUACCUCCUGUCAUUUUAUGGAAAGUGUUGUAUUACACAUUGUUAGGUUUGCUGCUGGAUAUUUAUUGUCAUGAAGUAUGGUAAGGAAAUAAAAAUUGAACUUUUGCAGAAUAUUUGGGUGUAGAAUUGUUUGUUAGUUCCUAAGUGGGUGGUUGUGAUUUUUACCCAUGUUUUGUCCAAUGUGGGGAGAUAAACGAAGGGCUCUAGAAAUAAACACCAGUGAAAGGAGAGCUACUACCAUCGUCAGGGUAGGGGAAAGUUCGCUGAAAGAAUCUGCAGUAUACAAAAUAGUCUUUGAGUGAAAGGUCUCACCCAUUUUGCAAAUCUGUCCUUAAAAAUGUGGCAUGAGACUCACUGUAGAUGGUGAGUUCUUAUUUAAGGUCUGGUAUAGAAGAAAGUGUACACUGAAGUUGUGAUUUAUUUAUUGUUGGAAUGAAUUCAUUUUAAACUAGGAAUAACUUUUUAUGCUGAAAUGUAACUUGAUCAUUUUGGCUUUUAAAAUGUUGUUAAGCAAAAUAACUUUGAACCUCAGAGUUCUUGAUACUCUGAGCCUGUUUUCUGUUUCUUCUUUCUGGAAUUCAGCUUAUUUUACCUUGAUUUUUGUUUAUAAAGAACUUUAGUUACCAGUGAUAAAGUAAUGGUAAGUUUACCCCGUUGGUCUUGCUUACCAAAUUCCUUUAAUUCCUUGACUAAAUUUUGACAUCUUGUUUCCUAGAUUGUUGAUUCUUAUAUUCAGAGUGUUCCCUAAUGCUGCUUUUGAUUUUUGUCCAGCCCAUAGUGACAUAAGAGUUUCAGUUCCCUGUGAAUAGAUUCCCUUUUGGAAAAUCCCUGUAGAAACCACCGUCAGCAUCACUGACAGCCUGGAUAGGUAGACGGGCAAGAGAAGCCUUCUUAGUCAGGAUUUAAGUAUCUCUUAGUGAAAGAAAACAAAAGUGAUAGAAUAUAUUUGACAGAGUAGAUUCUUUCUCUCUCAAGACAAAACCAAAAACAGAUCUUUAUUGGAAAUGAGAGGGAGGCAGCAGUCUCUUGCAGAGCUCUUUGUGACUUGUUUACCCUGUUCUUAGUGUAAAAAGGAACAGAAUUAAUGAUGGAUGGAAAAAAAAAAUCUCCCUGCAGUGUGCUGGGAAUGUUGAUGAGGGUCACUUAAGAGGAAAUAAAAUUCUUCUGUCCUCACCGUAAGAUCAUUGCACAUACAAAACAGAGGCCCUUUCAUAGCUUUUUUCUUUUAGGUAGUUGCUUUCUCUCUGGAGAAUCUGAAUGGAGGGAGGUCCUUUAACCAGGAAAACGUACUACCUUGUCCAGUUUGCAGAUAAUGAAUAGCCUUUAUGACCAUCAUUCAGAACUUUUAAACUUCAGAAGAAAGGAACUGAGCAAGUUUACCCUGGCCAAAAACAGACUGAAACCAUUUUUCAGAGUUAAAAGACGAUCAGGAAGACAAGAUGGGGACUCCUGGUUCUGGAAGGAAAAGAACACCUGUGAAAGACCGAUUUUCUGCAGAAGAUGAAGCUUUGAGUAACAUUGCCAGAGAGGCAGAGGCAAGGCUGGCAGCAAAACGGGCCGCCCGGGCAGAAGCAAGAGAUAUACGCAUGAGAGAACUGGAGCGACAGCAAAAAGAGUUGGAUGAAAAAUCUGACAAACAGUAUGCUGAAAAUUACACAAGACCUUCAUCUCGAAAUUCUGCCUCAGCAACAACCCCUCUAAGUGGAAACUCAUCCAGACGAGGAAGCGGGGACACCAGCAGCUUAAUAGAUCCAGACACCUCAUUAAGUGAAUUGCGGGAUAUCUAUGACCUUAAGGACCAGAUACAGGAUGUAGAAGGGAGAUACAUGCAGGGGCUUAAAGAACUAAAGGAGUCUUUGUCUGAAGUGGAAGAAAAGUAUAAGAAAGCCAUGGUUUCUAAUGCACAGUUAGACAAUGAGAAGAACAAUUUGAUCUACCAGGUAGACACCCUCAAGGAUGUUAUUGAAGAACAAGAGGAACAGAUGGCGGAAUUUUAUAGAGAAAAUGAAGAAAAAUCAAAGGAGUUAGAGAGGCAGAAACAUAUGUGUAGUGUGCUGCAGCAUAAAAUGGAUGAACUUAAAGAAGGCCUUCGACAAAGAGAUGAGCUUAUUGAGAAACAUGGCUUAGUUAUAAUCCCCGACGGCACUCCCAAUGGUGAUGUUAAUCAUGAGCCAGUGGUUGGAGCCAUCACUGUGGUGUCUCAGGAAGCUGCUCAGGUCUUGGAGUCUGCAGGAGAAGGUCCUCUAGAUGUAAGGCUACGAAAACUUGCUGGAGAAAAGGAAGAGCUGCUAUCACAGGUUAGAAAACUGAAGCUGCAGGUUGAGGAAGAGCGGCAGAAAUGCUUCAGGGGUGACAGCACGGUGGCUGGUGACCUGGCCGGAUUGCAAAAUGGCUCCGACUUGCAGUUCAUCGAAAUGCAGAGGGAUGCUAAUAGACAAAUUAGUGAAUACAAGUUUAAGCUUUCAAAAGCAGAACAGGAUAUAACCACCUUGGAGCAAAGUAUUAGCCGGCUUGAGGGACAGGUGCUGAGAUAUAAAACUGCUGCUGAGAAUGCUGAGAAAGUGGAAGAUGAACUGAAAGCAGAAAAAAGGAAGCUACAACGAGAGUUACGAACAGCACUGGACAAGAUUGAGGAGAUGGAGAUGACCAACAGCCACCUGGCCAAGCGGCUGGAGAAGAUGAAGGCCAACAGGACAGCACUUCUGGCCCAGCAAUAAGAACGCCACCCGUCUACCUGGCUGCUCUCCUGGGCCCCACCCAGAGGGACUGACUUCUGUCCGUUGACAAACCCCUUUCAGUACUGUUUGAGUUUUGUCGUUAAUAUAGCCACCUUUGUAUUUUAUAAUUUAUGAGAGAAUGAAAUAGGUUUGAAUCUUCAUGAAUGAA